AUGACUACACGUCGUACUAAAAAGUUGCUUUAUGUAAAAGAACGUAAAGCGAAAUUUGCUGCUCGACAAACAACACGUGCUGAAAUUUUACAUGUUGAGGAAGAAGGUUAUAUUACUUCUGAUAAAGUUGAUGAAGAAGAGCAACGAACAGUUGAUUUAACCCAAGCCGAUAUUAAAUCAUCAGUUGAUAUAUUUAGUGCUCAAAAACGUUUUGAUCUUGAACUUCCAUUAUAUGGACCUUACAAAAUCGAUUAUACUAGAAAUGGACGACAUUUAUUAUUAGGUGGACGAAAAGGUCAUGUAGCUGCAUUUGAUUGGCAAACAAAAAAAUUACAUUGUGAAAUGAAUGUCAUGGAACAAGUGAAUGAUGUCAAGUGGUUACACAUUGAAACAAUGUAUGCUGUUGCACAACGGCAAUGGACGUAUAUCUAUGAUAAUCAAGGUGUUGAAGUACAUUGUCUUAAAGUGCUUGAUCGUUCAUUGCAUCUAGAAUUUCUCCCAUAUCAUUUCUUACUUGCUGCUACAAAUGAAGCAGGAUAUUUAUCAUAUAUAGAUGUAUCCAUUGGAAAGAAAGUUGCUUCCUAUAAUACAAGAGUAGCAAAUGGAAAUGGUAAAUGUGGUACAUCGAUAAUGUGUCAAAAUCCUUCCAAUGCACUUAUUGGUCUUGGUCACGCUGGCGGUGUUUUAACAUUUUGGUCACCGAAUCAACGUGAACCAUUAGUCAAAAUGCUUGCACACAAAUCAACACUUCGAUCAAUAGCAAUCGAUCGAACUGGAAGUUAUAUGGCAACAAGUGGUGUGGAUGCUAAAUUGAAAAUUUGGGAUUUAAGAACUUACAAAUGUUUACAUGAAUAUCGUACAGCAUCAAAUGGUGCAUCGUCAUUGUCGUUUAGUCAAAAGAAUCUUUUAGCAGCAAGUUACAGGGAUGUAGUCGAGAUUUACAACGAUAUAUGUGAUAAUGAAUCUGCAUCAAAUGAAUUACCACGUUAUCUUCUUCAUCAAUGUUCAAAUGGUGCUUCAGCAUCGUCAUUAGCAUUUUGUCCAUAUGAAGAUGUGUUAGGUGUUGGACACGAACGAGGAUUUGUUUCAUUACUUGUACCUGGUGCCGGUGAACCAAAUUUCGAUGCACUAGAAGCAAAUCCAUAUCAAACGAAAAAACAACGAAAACAUGCAGAAGUUAAACAAUUACUUGAUAAAAUUCAACCAGAUAUGAUCACUUUAGAUAAUUCAGUAUUAAGUGAAAUCGAUCGAAAAGGUUUUAUUCGGAAACAAGAAGAUAAACGAAAUAAUUUCAAUUUUGUCAAACCCAAAGAAUUAAUUAUUCAAUCCGAUAAGAAAAAGGGAAAAAUUGGUAAACGACUGGCGCGUAAAACGCAAAUACGCGAUACUAAGCUCAAAGAGUUUCUUCAACAGCAACAAUUAAAACGCAAAAAGAAUAAAAAUUGA